CAGCUGCUGCUGUCCGUCUGCUUCAGUAAACCAUACAUGCACAGUACUGACAGACAGUGUGGUGUUCGGGCCUCGUACACACACACUGUGGAAAUCUGUCCUGUGAAAGACAAACUGCAGGGAUUUUAACAUGAAGGUGACGGAUGAGUUUUCAAACUCGUUUUGAAAUGCAGCUUUCUUUAACUAUGAAGCUUCUUGAAAACAUUCCAGUGCUGCAGAUCUUCCUGCUGCUGCAUCUCAGCCUGAUCAACGGCGUACAGAGAGCUCCUAAAAUCACCACCUUACUUGAGACAGUUGAUGCCUUACUGGAUCAUAACGCUACUUUUAUAUGUGAGGUGGAUUCACACCCUCUAGCAGAUAUAACCUGGAUGCGAAAUAAUUAUCCUAUACGGCACUAUGACUCCCGAUACAUUAUUAGAGAAAAUGGCCAGAUGUUGAUCAUUCCCAAUGUGAGGGAUACAGACAGUGGAGAAUACUGUUGCACUGCCGAUAAUGGGAUUGGAGAACCAGCCAAAAGCUGUGGGGCUUUGCAGCUAAAGAUGAAGCCCCAGAUUAAGAGACAUCCAACAAACGUGACAUUACUAUUAGAGUCCAAGGCAGUGUUGCCAUGUGUAACAUUAGGAUAUCCCAAGCCAGAAGUAUCCUGGCUUAAAGGUGAUGAUUUAAUAAAGAUUGAUAGCCGAAUAUCGAUUUUGGACAUUGGUGCCUUAAAAAUUCACAACAUUAGGAAAGAGGAUGCCGGACAGUACCGAUGUGUGGCUAGGAACAGUUUUGGGAUUGCUUAUUCAAAACCGGUCACCAUUGAAGUACAAGCUCCUGCUAAAAUACUUAAAGUUCCCAAAGAGCGGAAAGUGCAGCUUGGAACUGAAGUGGCCUUGGAGUGCAAUGCCACUGGAAACCCUGUUCCUUCUAUCACUUGGCUGGAAAAUGGAAAUACAAUUGUAGGGGCAUCUGUGGAUGAGACGCUGGUUGGGGAGGUGAUAGUCUCCAUCCUGCGUGUGGUGGUAAAUAAACCGGCUCUUUACACAUGCCAGGCCACUAAUCAACACAGCGGAGGAGCUAAUACUGUCAAAUCUACUGCCAAGAUCACUGUCUCAGAUUGGAGGCUGUACAAAGGUAGUGCUGGUUACUGCAGUAUGUACCGGGGUGAAGUGUGCCGUGGGCUGUUGCGACGGUCAGCACUUGUCUUCUUUAAUUCUUCUCUGCCGGAGCCAGAGCAGGCUCAGGAGUUCCUGGCUCAUGGAGGCUGGGCUGAACUGGAGGGAACAAGCCCGCUGUGCCAGCCUGCAGCUCGCUCACUGCUCUGCCAUGCUGCCUUCCUGGACUGCAGCCCAACAGGACUUGGUCCCACACCCAAACCUGUCUGCAGGGAACACUGUCAGGCUGUGAAGGAGCUCUACUGUUAUAAGGAAUGGCACUCGAUGGAGCAGAGGAAUCACAGAGGAAUCAUUUCUCCAAGCCUGAGUCUCACUUUGCCAGACUGUGAAACUUUGCCCAGCCAGCAUGCAGCUCCAGCAUCAUGCACUGCUGUAGCAUUUGUAGAAAUGAAGAAAGACCAAAUCACAACAACGUGCUACAAUGAUAGAGGAAGGUUUUAUCAAGGCAAUCACAAUGUCACAGCAUCUGGUAUUCCUUGCCAGCGAUGGGACCAGCAGGAUCCUCACCCUCACAGGCUGUCUGUGGACGUCAUACCAGAGCUGAAGAAUGCUGAGAACUACUGCCGCAAUCCUGGGGGGGAGAGUGACCGGCCGUGGUGCUACUCCACCAACCCCAGUAUACGCUGGGAAUACUGCCUUGUGCCCAAAUGUACAGAAGUAGUUACCAGUGUGAAAAUGCCACUUGCUCCAAAAAUGGGCCCAUCAAACCCCAUGCCUGCUACUGUGUCUACUGGCUACUACAUGAGUGUUAUCAUAUUCAUCAUGGCUGGAUUUGCAGGUGUAGCUUUCUUCACUAUCAUUCUGCUUAUGUGUCUCAAGAGGAGAAAAAGGUGGAAGCGUCGAAAAAGCAGGGCCAUGGAGGCGCCAACUCUCACCGCUCUUCCCUCUGAGCUGCUGUUAGACAGACUGCACCCGAACCCCAUGUACCAGCGCCUUCCUCUUCUGCUCAACUCCAAACUUCUGGCGCUUGAGUACCCGCGUAACAACAUCGAAUAUGUGCGUGACAUCGGAGAAGGGGCCUUCGGACGAGUGUUUCAAGCAAGAGCUCCAGGGUUGUUACCACAUGAAGCAUUCACUAUGGUGGCAGUAAAGAUGCUAAAGGAGGAGGCCUCAGCUGACAUGCAGAACGACUUCCAGAGAGAGGCAGCUCUCAUGGCCGAGUUUGAUCACCCCAACAUUGUCCGGCUGCUGGGUGUGUGUGCUGUAGGGAAGCCCAUGUGUCUAAUGUUUGAGUACAUGGCACAUGGAGACCUAAAUGAGUACCUGCGGCGACGUUCUCCAGUCCAGCAGCGCACUCUGAGCCAGGGAAGUCUGAUGUGGCCCAGUUCCCAGUCCUCGGAGCCUGAUCCGUGUCCACUCAGCUGCCUGGAUCAGCUUUCAGUAUCCAAGCAGGUGGCAGCAGGAAUGGCUUACCUGUCUGAGCGCAAAUUUGUGCACCGGGACUUAGCCACAAGGAACUGCCUUGUAGGUGAGAACCUAGUGGUGAAGAUUGCAGACUUUGGCCUGUCGCGGAACAUCUACGCAGCCGACUACUACAAAGCGAGUGAGAAUGACGCCAUUCCUAUCCGCUGGAUGCCACCCGAGUCAAUCUUCUAUAACCGCUACACCACUGAGUCAGAUGUCUGGGCUUAUGGAGUGGUGCUCUGGGAGAUCUUUUCACAUGGUAUGCAGCCCUACUAUGGAAUGGCCCAUGAGGAGGUGAUAUACUAUGUCAGGGAUGGCCAUGUGCUUCUAUGCCCAGAACAGUGUCCUUUGGAGCUCUAUAACCUGAUGCGUUUGUGCUGGAGCACCCACCCGAGCGACCGGCCAAGCUUUGCUAGCAUUCACCGCAUCCUGGAGAGGAUGAAUAACCAGAUGCUUCACUCUAACAUGAACUGAGGCAAUAAACAAAUCUACAGCAAGAAAGCUAAGAAACAAUCAUUGACAAACAAAGGUAUCCACAGAUUUAUCUCCUCUGAAGUUUUGUGUACUGAUAAGGUACAAACUCUGCCUAACAGUCAAGUGAAAUCAAAAGUCGAAUACUAAGGAGACACUACGUAGGGUCCAAAUGUUUGAGUCCACUAUCAAUAACUGUUAUGAAAAAUAAAUACAAUUUCAUCAAACAUUUCUUUUCUUCUGAUAAUUCUACAUGGUGACACAGUAGGCAGAGUUGCCACCUCACAGGUCCAGCAUCCCCAAAUCAGGGUUGUCCAAUCUUAUCUAGAAAGGUUAAUUGAGGGUGCAGGUUUUCAUUCCAACUAAGCAUGAUGUUGCAUGAUGAAAUAAUUUUUGCUUCAACAGAAUUUAAAUCUUUAUCAUUUUCUCUAUCCGAGCUUUUCUUUGGGUUUUAUGUAUUAGGUAUAUACUACUAGAGAUUAGAGACUACAGUAUUUAACACCAGACAGUCUGUAAAGCAGCAUUCAAAGCAAACAUACUUUGAACAUUAAAUUAAAUUGACCUACAUAUAACACAAAUUGACAAACACAAUGUUUUUUCUGAAUAGUGCCCUGUAAUAUAACAUGUUUCUACUUUCAUUACUGACAUACAAACCUUUUUUCUGUAACAUUGAAUUAAAUCUGUGAACUCGUUAUAGGAAAUAUAAAAUGACUUAAUGCUGCACAAGUCACAAAAUAAAAAUCUAUGAUAAUAUAAUCUGUACUAAAUAAUGGCAUAAGACAUUUCACUUGGUAGUGGACUCAAGUUUUUGGACUCCACUGUAGGUCAUUGUGAGACACUUGGAAUUUGUACAGGAAGUGGUGCAAUACCAACGUCUGGACAUUAUACUUGUCAACUGGUCAUAGCUGAAACAAUCCUGUGUCUAAAGAGUGAAUGAUGAAGACAACUUUUUUACCUUUUUGAUAUUGUUUAUGUUUUUCUUUGUGCAUUCUGCCAUUACUGAGUUCCUGCAAACCGUAUUUAUUGAUUCUAUGUAAAGGUAUGAAAGGUUAAGUGGAGCACAACAGGAUAUUUGAUGAUGUUGCAGUAUUGCUUGAAUAGAAUAGAAUAUUCCAAAAUGGCACAUUAUCACUUUACUAAUGUUUGUGUUUGAUCCAUUUUUACAACUAACAGCCUUUGAUUUAGUUUUAUUAGCUAAUCCUCAACACUAAGUUGUUGUGCCAACUUUGGUUUUUCACAGAACCCAUGAAUUCACUUGAAUACUGGAUUCUUUGUGUAGAAAUUGAUACCAUGUGUAACAGAUUGCGUUCAGUGUGAAAUGGAUGGCUGUCUAGUCAGAUGGUUGUACAGGCUUCCCAUUUCAUCCCAAAGACUCUUGACUCUGAAGGCAUUUAACACAAUACAAAUGAUCAUCUUCCUGGAACUAUUCAGUUCUAGUAUCAUUCUGGAAGUAUCCAUCCAAUUGUUCAAUGAACCGGAUCAGCGUCGAUGUUUAGCUCCACCGUGCAUUGCAGACAUUGUUUAAUGCGUAUCAGGGGCCCAUAUAAUGUUUGGAAAACAUUCCCACACACCAUCAUGCCAGUGACAUAUCAAUUCAACAGGAGUAAUCAUCAUCCAAAAAAAACUUGGAAUCGUCCAACCAGGCAACCCAGUCCUUAUCAAUCCAGAUUUGAUGCAUCUGUUCUCAUUGUAGAUGUACACUCUUGUUCUGCCCCUGACAACACUGACACCUACCAUGUUUUUUUGGCUGCUCUAGUGCAUUUGAGACCAGAGAGUCUAGUACAUCAUGCCUUCUAGGAUGGCAUUCUGUACAGCAGUGACGAUUUUCCAUGGGAUUUGCCAGAUUGUGGCUCUAUUUGUACAACAUUCUGUUCUGACUCCUCUACUCAGAUCCAAAAGAGGUUUUCAUCUACAGUUUAUUUUUGUCUUACCCUAUUAAUGCAUGAAAACCAACAGCCAACUAUUGCAACAAUCACAUUAUUUAUACCAAGCACGGCAGUCACAAGACAUAUGACCUGGAACUGUAUGAAAGGUACAAAUUGUGUGAAGGGGUGAUGUAGAUCACCUUGUGACACUGUUACAAAUAGUAUUGCUUUUCUUUUAAUAAUAUGUUACAUAAUAAAUUUACAUGUUCAAGCUGUAUAAACCAACCAUUUUGGUAUAAAAUAA